AUGGCGGAGGAGGUACGUAUUAAUUGCGAAGAGAUAGAAUCGAUACUAAAACACCUAAUUGAGCGUCCAACAUUCUUCACGUCAAAGAUUGGAGCGCGUAUAAUGAGGCUGCGUGGGUACUGGUAUACGAGGCAUUCUGUAUGCUCCUCUAGGGUGAAGUGGCUGUGUGCUGAAAGUAGACACAGGCAGUGCCAUGCCAUCGUGGUCACGAUCGGUUGCAUGACUGUGGGCAAGCACAAUAAGCAUACACACCCACCAGAUGCGACACCACAUUUGGAUCUGCAACUCUUGGACUGCCUUCAACUAUCAUACUACUUCGUGGAGAAGGGAAAACGGCAGCACUUAGUCGUUGAUGACUACCUUUUCAGCAUGCAGUACGAAGCUUCUUGUAAAAAACGCUGGCGCUGCGUCAAACAGCGACAAGGCUGCCGCGCCACGGUCAUGACGUUUGAAGACCAGAUCAUUUCCAUUAAAGAAGAGCAUAAUCACACACCGAACUAUUCAAAUUGA